GGCAUCUGGCGAUCGACCAAUCAUUACACGUUAUGCGCAGCGUCGGGGCAACAUUCAAGUGACGUCCUCGAUGUUUCAACACGGGAAGGUUUAGUUGAGACAUCCAUGGAUAUGGUCACGACGAUCUCUCCGGACGAAAGUUGUCGCGCACAUGUCGUCGAUCCCAGCAAAUGAUCUGAGCAAUCAAGAAGGCGACAAACUACAAAAGACGAGUGUAUCCCUGGAAGUUGGGGACCAAAUACCAAACGUAACAACAACAAACAGCACAUCACUCCCAGGCUUGUCCCAAUUACAGGAAGUCUUCGAACUCGGCACAGGUCUACUUCUACCCUACGCCUUUCAACCCCUGAAAGCUAUCGAAACACAUCUCCCUGGUCUCGCCAGCAUGUGGCCCUUUGACAUCACUUCAUCCUUCAACCCGUCCAAGGACAUUCCCGACCUGUCCGGCAAAGUCAUUCUAGUGACAGGCGGCAACAAUGGUCUCGGCAAAGAAACCAUCCUCCAACUGGCCAAACACAAUCCACACAAGAUCUUCAUGGCCUCACGAACAGAAUCCAAGGCUCGCGACGCCAUCGCCUCCAUCAAAUCGCAGAUCUCGCAGGACGUGGACAUCGAGUACCUCCAACUCGACCUCGCUUCCCUACCGUCAAUCAAGAAGGCGGCCGAUCAAGUCACCACACGCACCGACCGUCUCGAUAUCCUCGUUCUCAAUGCCGGCAUCAUGGCCGUGCCUUCAGCCAAGACCGCCGCCGGACAAGAGAUCCAGCUCGGUACCAACCAUGUCGGCCACUUCCUCUUGACCAAACUCCUGCUCCCCACCCUGGAUCACACGGCAAAGAAGUACAGCCCGGAUGUGCGCAUCAUCUCCCUCUCGUCCGCAGCAUGGCAAAUGGCUCCCAACAUCGAUACCAUCGUUUCCACGGAAAAACUCCUCGCUCAAAAGCCAUGGACAUGUUACGGAGCGUCCAAGGCCGCCAACGUAAUGUUCGCGGCAGAGCUGGCGAGGCGAUACCCGCAAUUCACCAGCGUCUCGCUGCAUCCCGGCAUGAUCAAGACUGACUUGUACACGCCCAACCUCGAGGUGAACCCACUCGUGAGGUACGGAUCGUCGUUGAUGGGCGGGCUGAUUUUCCAGACUAUCGAAGCUGGUGCGUUAAAUCAGCUGUGGUUGGCGGCAGGUGCUAGGAAAGAGGAGAUCAAGAACGGACAAUUCUACACGCCUGUCGGCAAGGUCAACAAUAACAAGUGGGCGACUAAUGCUAAGGACGGAGAGAGGCUGUGGGAAUGGACUGAGCAGGAAUUGAAGAACGCUGGCUACUGAUCGAAAAUACCCUUGUGAUCUUCUUGUCCCUUUUCCUCGACAGCAUGGAGUUGGGAAUUUUUUUUCGAUAUUGUGUCAGAUAGAAAGUAUAUCAUGUCUCCCAUCUA